GUAAAUUUAUGUCAAAGUGAAAACUUUUUCCUCAUUAGACAAUUUUGAUUUUAUUCGGUCUCCCCAAGGGAAAUACCCAGACAGUGCCAAAUAUUGUCCUGGAAGUCAAUGCAAGAAGCUUAUCAGAACGGUAGUGUGUUGUGUGUUAUAUAAAGGUUUUACCUGUAAACCCAGGGCAUAAAUUAACGACGUUCAGAGAUGGGCAUUAUCCUUCUCCUGUGUAGUUUUACACUUGCUUUUGCCCAAGAUCCUUGCUUACGUGGCAAUCAUGGGUUACUCCUAGAGCCACACAGGAGCAGCCAGUUCCAGCCGGAGCCGACGGAUCAUCUCCAGUGUGAUAACGGAUUACAGGCCGGGUGGUACACGUUUGAUAACAAUGAUGAGAUGCCCACCUCCUGUGUGACGCAGUACCACUGUGGAACCCACUUCCCCUUGUGGAUGCAGGGCGCCCACCCCUCCCAGGCCGAUGGAAUUGUCCCAAGGAAGGCCUGCGCCAAUAUCUACGGUAGUUCUAGUCAGAGCUGCUGUGAUUUCUCUCUGGACAUCCAGGUGAAGAAUUGUGGGAGUUUUUACGUCUACUACCUCCAAACUGUUCCAGCAUGCGCCAUGGCCUACUGUGCAGGCAACAAGAAAGUGUGCGCUGUAGGUGGACAACCCGUUGUUGGUGGAAGCUGUCCAGAUCUUUAUCCAAAACUUACAACAAUGCCAGUUCUUUCAAAACCGGAAGUUACUCCAACAAAGGAUGUUCGCUUUCCUUGUAAAAUCGACUACCCUAUCGGCCAAUCAGAUGUAGGAUUUAUUGUCACGUGGACGGUGGAUGGCAAAGAGCUCAUGGACAACACAAAUCAACCAAUUCAAACUGUCUUAAAAGGGGAUUCCAGGAUUGCCUAUCUAGACGCAACAAAACUGCAAGGAAAUUUAGGAAAAGAACUGAGAUGUAAUGUUUCGUCAUUCCAUCCCUCUCAUGGACAAGGUGUUCGAAGUGACUCUCUCAGUAGUAACCCAUACUGGGCAGGAAUCAGAGUUUCCACUGACCAAGUUAACGUAGAUGAAGGCGGUCCCGAGAAAACUGUUACGAUCGAGUCAACCAUACCUAUCCCUUGUAAAAGCUUAUUUGCUUCUGAAUGCAAACUACCCAUACAAUUCAUGGGUUUACGUAAUCCAGGAGAUGCCUCUCUCUCUAGUUGUCACUUUGACCUCAAACUUGAUAAUGCCACGGGGGUUUACUCAACGUCUUUCAAAGUCAAGGCCACCAGAGAUUUUAUCAAAGAUCAUAACCAUGUACAAGAAAUCGCUUUCAAGCCUAUACUCAAUUUUCUGCAUCCCAUGUGGAACAAUUACACAAUAAACCCUAUUAAGAUUGGAACUACAGACAAAGAUCACGGUCAUUGUAUAUUAUCAGGAGAUCCCCAUUUCCGAGGAUUUGAUUAUAAAAAGAACUACAACGUUUACGAAGUUGGGGAUAUGGUACUGUAUAAAUCUAAAAACCAAAAGAGACCAUUUGAGGUUCAAGUCAGAACAUGGCCCUGUGGAAGCUAUCAUCCCUGCGCAUGUGCAGUUGUUGCAAGAGAAGGAAACGAUGUUGUCGAAAUCGAUAUGUGUGAGAAGAGAGCAGGCGUUGUGGAGGCACCAUCAGUGUCUUAUCCCUCCGGACACCCUCUGGAGGGAACCACUGUCAGCAGGGAUAAAACCGGAAAAAUAUUUUAUAUAAAUUUUCCUUCCGGAGCCAGACUAAAGGUUACAACAGCUAUAUCAAAAGGUCGGCAUGGUAACGAACAUUUGCCCUUCAUGAACGUGGACAUUCAGGGUCCCCCGGAUGACUUUGGUUCCAGUGAGGGGCUCUGCGGGAAUUGGAACGGGGACGAUGGAGACGACUUCGUGGGAGGGGACGGAAGGCUUUAUAAACCAGCAACAGUGGCCAACUUCUCUAAAAGCUGGAUGCUACCAGGCCACUCCAGUAUGUUCUAUCAAAUCCCCAAAUACGAGAAACAUCUUGCUCCCAAGUUUGAAUACUGUUCUUGCAAAACAGGGACUGCCGUGGAUUGUACCAAAGUGGGAAAAGGCGCGAUCAACCCAAGCAAACCUAAAGAUGGCACGGUGAUAAGCGGCGGUAAGAAUAAACAUCCACGCCGUUCCGCUCGCUCCUAUACUGACCACUACCCAGACCUCGACUUACCAGCUGACCCGAGGGUCACAGCAAAGAGGUUACGGAGAAAUGCUGCUGCUGCCUUUCCCACUCCCAGUGGAAUGACGGAGGGACAGGCCCGAUCCUCCUGUACCCACACCAUCACUACGUCCUCCCUGUACAGUCACUGUCACCACACCAGCAUUCUGACUGAUAUGUUGGACGGAUGUGUGGAGGACAUCAAGUAUUCCGAUAGUAUUGAGGCAUUCGAGAUGGCACACAUGAACGCUUUUGAUAGCAUUUGCUACAACGAACUUGCAAAGGACCCCAGAAACAUCCAGUACAUUAACGGUGACCCAGUAGUUAAUCCCUCUAUCUUAACUUGUCCAAAUCAGUGCUCAAAGAACGGAAGAUGUGUCGGAGACACGUGUCAUUGUAACCAUGGCUACACAUCAGCCGAUUGUUCCGUUAAAAUUGGAUCGACGCCAACUAUUCAUAGAGUGAGGGGAGAUGGACAGUGUGACAUUAGAAGACGUCCAUGUAGGCAAGCCAAUGUUAUUGUGGACAAUAUUCUGGAGUCGUCAUAUCUAGCCUGUAGAAUAACACCCCUUACUGCAAAAAGAAAAAUGAGUGUGUUUUCCAAAAAGUUGGAAGACGACCCAUGGUAUUCUAUUUUCUAUCUUAAGCUGUCAGAUGGAACGCCUGUCGAGUCUGGUCCUGUAGUAACCUCUAAAGGAGAAUUCCUCAGUUUCUUAGAAGUGCAAUGUCCCAUUCCGGAGAGUACUGUUAUGAAAGUGCCAUCAAACAUUGAAGAAGAAGAAAUCGUGAUAGGCUGUGAAGACACUGGUGAUGAUGUAACGAUAAAGUGGAACGAAGGGAGAAGGAUUAUUGAAAUUCAGUACAUCAUUGAGAAGCUGCUUGAAUGUUGUGAAUUCUGUAGACAUCCUUUGAACUUCACAAAUAUUUGUGGUGAGAUCAGAUAUGGACUGGCAUCAAUGUUACAAAUAAAGUGUGUGAAUUGUGAUAUGGUGGUAUCAGUUCCAACAGGAAAGAGACACUCACGUCUAGACAGUAUGCUUCAUACAGACAUUGGCGAGAAGAAAGUAUCAAUGCUAUUUAGUGUACUUAAUAUUCCAUCUAUGUGCCACAAAACCUUAAAGAAAACAGAAAGGGAAGUAAGAAAGGCAUUAGAAGAUGUGGCCAAAAAGAGUUGUGACGAUAUGGCUGCGGCCGAGAAGGAAUCAUCAAGUCAAAAUCAAGAGGAUUUGCGCAGUCUAAAGAAAAAUCUGGAGGCCAUAACACCACAUGUCUAUGGAGACCACAGCCUAUGUGAUACCUGGUGUGGAUUUCUCUCUUCACCUGAAACCUACAAACCACAGCAACUUCCGUAUCAUCGUUACCUAUCUAACCAGCACUUGAAAUCUGAUCUGUUAUCUCUCUUUGGAUUCUACAUUUCACAGGCUGAAAAAUUAAUCAACUUAGGAAGUACACAGGUAAAUGAGAAGUUGCUUCUUUCUCCUGGAAAAGUCACUAGUUCCAGUGCAAAGAAAGCAGACUUGAAAAGGAAACGAGACAAGGAAAGAGAAGAUACACCAGCUUACAAGAAGAACAGGCGAAUGAAAAAAAUAAUUCCCAGAAGUCAAAAGAGUCAUCAGAGAUUAGGGAGGGAACAACAUACAAAACAUUUGUUGAUCUAA